CGAAACAACGCGCUCCUUUAGACUCCUUUUCCGUCUUGUCCGCAUCCUCGCCAGCUCAACGUGUUCUUCAGCCGACCCAGUUCAUUGCCAUCGCGUGCUUCCGUCUGCCAACACACCCGUUCGUUUCUCCCUCCCGCCCGCUAACGCCUUCCCCAUCGUUCUCGCAGUCCCUCUUUCCUUUCAUAUGGGCGACCUGGGUCACUCCAUCCCUUCUGUCAAUUGCAGAAAGCGAAAGGCCGAUGAAGAUGAAGAUGGCCCCGAUCCCCUUCCUCAGGACUCUCAGUCCAGCUCCCCUAUGCUCAUUGACUCGGCCGUAGCGCCACGCAGGUUAUCCAACCCGCUGAGUCUCCGUACCUCUGGCCCGUGGCUACCUGCAGGCAGUCCCUCACCAGUAUGGCGAUGUGUACAUGCAGACUCUCCUCCAGACUCACCGUUGACUCCAAGCACGCCAGAGGAGGGUAGCAGGAUGUCCAAGCGCCCAAAGGUUGAGAUGGCAUGCCCGCCGUCCUCCAUGAGACCGACCAAGCGUUUGCCACGGCCAUCGCUUGUGCGGCAUGUGGCUUGUGCCAAUGUCCCUCGCCGUUCGCAUAAAGAGGAUUUAAGGGAGGCGACACAUCCUCAUUCCCCGAAUGACUCGGUUCGCAUGGAGUCUACUUGUUCUCCUUCCGAGCUUCCUCAGUCAACCGCUCCCUCUUCACCUCCUCUCCCUUCCAUCGAUCUUUCCUCGCCGCAUAUACCUCCUCUUCAGCCACUCAUUAACCGAAAUACCCUGAAAGAGCUCGAUUUGAGUGCCAUUUUGCGCAAUCCCCAGCUUCGCCAUGAUCUUAUUUUUGACGCCGGGCUUCAGUUCCGCCCAACGUCUAGUCGACGAAAGCGAGAACUAGCGGACAGGUACUGGCGUGCAGUCACUCAAGAGAUUGAGAACGGCUGCACUUGCGUGUCGUUCGACGCCGAAGGCAGGCCGUGCGACUGCGUGUGCGUUUGCAGUCGCGCCCCGACCCCUCCAACCAAGCCCGUUCUCACGUACUUGUCGUCUCGGGGAGUUGCGACGCUUCGCAUGCCAUCCCGUGUGCAAUCUCUUUUAUCGGAGUUUCUGGAAGUCCUCCUUUACGUGAUACAACCCCUUUCAAGCAUCAGCGGUACCUACUCCCAGCCUGGCACGUUUCAGGCUCAAGUUGAUCAACAUGCUGCCCAAGCCGCCGAGCUACGAUCCGCGUUUGACCCGAAACUUAUUCAGCAGGAGUUGCGACAUCAGCUAUUUGACCCCUCAGGUUUGUUUAGCCUGAUUGGGCAGACGCUUAAAAGUCACUGCGCUCCUAUGCGAGACCGUGCAGUCGACGCCAUGGUAGCUGUGGCGAAAAGUUGUGCCCCAGGUCAGGGCGGUACCAAGGCUGAUGCGGUCAAGGCCGUGCGAAUGUGUCUUGAUAUUCUGGAGCUUAUGAAGCUUGAUAUAGCCAAUCACCAGCUGCAAACCCUUCGACCAUUUCUCAUUGACAGUUCAGGGCCUUACGAACUCAAAAUAUUCCAAGACCGGAAAGGACCUGCCAGCGCACUUGAUUUUACCCGAACAUGGCUGCAGACAGCUCACGGAAAACUCAUGGCAUCCAAUUCUAUCAACCACCCCUUUAAGCCCUCGGAACCCUUGGUUUUCGAUUCGCUGCCUUACACUCAACAGGUCUAUCUUUCUGUGAUCAAAGGAUUCUUUGACCUUGUGUUUGAUCCGCCUCAGGUCGCUUCAUCAACCCAUAUACCCCAUUCCGCUCAACCAUCGCAUAGCACCGCACCUCUCCCAUCUUACCCUGAAACUACCUAUCUCGAUAGCGCUCGCCUGCUAAUUCUCGCCAACGAUGCUGGUGAUGCUGCUGCUCUAUACCUAUUCCUCAUGCUCUAUCGGCAAUUGGUGUUUUCAAGCAAUCAACCUUCGGCUACAGGUGCACGCGACGGCUCUAGACUGACCGAAGCCGAUAUGCUACAACUCAAGAAGGAGAUUCGGGAUAUCAGCUCCUCACAUCUGGGCGUCUUACUGGGUAACGUCGACAUCGAAGGCCUCUCUGAGUCCGAAAGAGAGCGACGACGGAAGUGGAGAGCCGACAUUGUCCUUCAGAUUGCCCUCCGUGCGAAGGAAGCGCAGUCCAGCAAGCCCGGAGCCGCGUGCUCAACUGUUCCUGAUGAAAGCACGCUUCGCCUCGCCGAACGCUGGACGAGCACGAACAUGCGCUCAGGGUCAGCGUUGAGCGUCAUGCUCAAGAACAAGAUCCGCGACGCCGUGUUUAGCCAUGUUCUUGCUUUGACGUUCUUCUCUCGUGACUCAUCUCGGCUCCUGAAGCGUUCCGACGAGCCUCUCGCUGCAAACGUGCCUCCGCCUUCCGCGGGCAUGGAACCGCUUGCAGAUGAGAUCGCCUCACUGUCGGAACGCCUAGCAAAAGUGGCUAGUAUCCACAUUGCGGCCUACCUCCCGCUCUACGAGCAAGAUGGCUUCUUAUACAGUUCUUCCUCACCACCACCUCCGUCGCCCACAGUAUCGACAUCUUCAGUUCCAUGCACCUUGUCUCUAGAUUCUUCGCCUGCAGGCUGCAGCGCGUAAUACCCCCUCCUUCGGACUAAUCAUGGUAUCGAUAUGGAUAACUUUAUGUGUGCAUGUUGGUCGUUUGCAUCGAGAAGAAUUGAAGAAGCCACGAUAUCCGUACAAUACAACUGGGCCAAUAAUAACUUGUGUAUCUUGACAAUCCCAAUUCUCGUUUUGAAUCUCUUUGAUUUUCGGAUUAGCUUGUGCAUACCACACUUUCAUUCGCUUUACAUAUACCUAGGCAAGCAUACCCGGAUACCCGUAGAAUCAUAGUUGCGUUUCUCCCAUAAAUCUGGAAGCAUGCACGUUACGUUACACGCAGUACGACGCCAGUCAAGAGCCGUCUGAGUCAAAUAGCAAUGGAUGUCGAUCCAUCCAUAUCACAAAGCAAGUGUGGACGUGUAUGCCAAUCCUACUUUGCCCGUUUUCGUGGCCUCCCGGAGUCUUCUGUGCCUCGUUUCCUUUUGGAAAAAUCACUUGAAGGUGCCGCAAAAGGUCGCGACUUCUUUUCCUUCUGGCUGAUCUUCCUCUGCUUCUUUUCAAUAGCCUUCUUGACUGCCUGUCUACCUCCUGACGCAGCAAGUGAAUCAAACCUCGCUUUCACCAGAAGCUCCUUCUUGGCAG